AGAAACCUUGCUGAGGCUUUGCCAGCUGCUGCUUUUUCCCUGACAUCCCUUGAAGAGCACCUCUACUGCGAUGGGGAGGCAAAAGGACGUUCUUGCUACUAUUGAGGACCACCUGAGGAUCAGAAACAAACUGAUCCGGCAAGCACUGGCGGAGUGCCUGGGGACGCUGAUCCUGGUGCUUUUUGGCUGUGGUUCCGUUGCCCAGAUCGUUCUCAGCAGAGGGAGUCAUGGAGGUUUCCUGACUGUUAACCUGGCCUUUGGCUUCGCUGUGACUCUUGGCAUUUUGAUUGCAGGACAAGUAUCAGGUGGACAUCUGAACCCAGCUGUCACUUUUGCUAUGUGCUUCUUGGCUCGGGAGCCCUGGAUCAAGCUACCAAUUUAUGCCCUGGCCCAAACCCUGGGGGCUUUUCUGGGAGCUGGCAUAGUCUUUGGGCUGUACUACGAUGCCAUCUGGGCUUUUGGAAACAACCAGCUGCUUGUAACAGGACAGAAUGCCACUGCUGGUAUCUUUGCCACCUAUCCAUCUCAGCAUCUGAAUGUCGUGAAUGGAUUCUUUGACCAGUUUAUUGGCACUGCUUCCCUGAUCGUUUGUGUUUUGGCUAUUGUUGAUCCCUACAACAACCCUGUCCCCACGGGUCUGGAGGCUUUCACAGUUGGCUUUGUUGUCCUUGUUAUUGGAACCUCCAUGGGCUUCAACUCUGGCUAUGCUGUUAACCCUGCCAGGGACUUCGGGCCUCGUCUCUUCACAGCCAUUGCUGGCUGGGGCACUGAAGUGUUCUGGACUGGUAAACAGUGGUGGUGGGUUCCAGUCGUUGCUCCUUUCCUUGGGGCCAUCGCGGGAGUGAUAGUCUAUCAGCUGAUGAUUGGAUGUCAUGAUGAGCCUUCUCCACCUGCCUCUGAGCAGGAAACAGUCAAGCUGGCUAACGUGAAGCAUAAGGAGAGGGUCUGAGAAAGCUGCCUCCCAGAUCUGGCAGACAUUCAUUGCUCAGGACUGCAGAGAAGAGGAGUAAGGGGUUAAGAAGAGCUUCAAGAACAACAGGAAGAGUUUUUUUUCCUGUCUUGAGAUAUUAUAGAUUGUUUUUUUUUUGUUUGUUUUUUCCCCUUUGUGUAUAUCCCUAAUGCAUUUGCUUUAGGCAUUUUCCUGUGACCCUUUUCCCAAAUGCAGUAUCAUGUUAUCUUUGUCUAGUAGAAGGGGGCUGAGGACUGUAGGAGUCGGGAGAGAAGUGGGCAUUACUGUCCAACACCUCCAAUAUGGGCCAGUUGUUCAGGAAUCUGGAGAUCUUUUGGACUGUCUUGCUGGCCUUGCCUGUUAGCUUGGCAAACUGCUUCCCUCCAAACCUGUGUUCCCAUCUGUAGAGUGGGAAUCAUACUAAACACAUUUUUUUUUUUGCUAACAUAGAAUCGGAACUCCUACAUCCCAGGAAAAAUUUGCCUGUGAUUCUACUAUGGAUCAAAUUAAUGCUUGGUGUUUCUCUAAAGUCAGUUACUUGGCACUAGGAAUUUACUUGUCUAAAGGAUUUUUAUUAGCCAAAAUUUUAUAUCCCACAUGAAUUCCUAGAACAUCAUAUCAAUUAGCUGAUCCAUAAUGCCAGAGCAGAGUGAGAAUGCACUGCUUUUGUAUUUAAUAUUAAGAAAAAAAUAUUUACAAACCACUGCACCCUGGUGUUUUAAUAACAAUUUUUAAUAUUGUUCUAGCCAGAGGCUGAUCUGGAAAGAAAGCUUGGCUCCCUGUAGCAGCCUCUCUAAGUAUUCAACUUUGUAUAUAAACUACCAAGCAGCCAAGUUCCACUGGAAAGACGAGGCUGCUAAAGUUGUGUGUGUUCAUGCAAAUUUCACAGUAGUGGUUUGCUUUUUUUAAAAUAGAUUUAUACAUAAAUAUGCUCCUUAAAGCUGUUACUAAAUACCAGGAUGGGAUGAGUUAAUUUAAAGAUGUAUGGGAAUUGCCUGUUCCCUGACAGCUUCAAGAUACUGUUGGGUUUUCCUGGGGUGGCCUUAGAUUAUGGCAUUGUGUUGUUGGAACAUUUCCUAUCUUGCAGAAUGACUGGGGUAUCUCUGGUACUCACAGUGGAGGGGCUGAGGUCAGGCAACUCCCUUUCUAGCAGUGCUGGCAUCUUAGGGGAUAUCUGGCUCUCCCAAUGCCUAUUGCAGAGUAUUUGAAAUAAGCAGUACUGGUUGUGAAAGAAACUGUAGGUCUCACACGACUGCAUUAGAGAAACUCUUUCAAAGCCUGUUUCUUUAAUGUGCUAAGUCAUUGAAAUAUGUAACUUUGUACACAUUUCCAGUUACUAAAAUGAUGUACUCUUUUUCUUUUUCAUUUUUAGAAAAUAAAAUGUCAGUACCCACUCUGUAAAA